AUGUGGGCGAAUUCAAGAUGUGCGUAUCUUUUGAUGCCACUACUCAUCCUGCUUCUGAUCAACCUUUCGGAAAGUGUCUCUGUUCACCGAAGGGCUCAUAAGCAAACGUCCAAUGGCCGACACCCAACGGAGUCCGUAUUCCGAGCCAAGCGCACCUACAUAGAUGAAAACGCGAACUGCGGAAUACAUGAAAUGGAAAUGGUGCACACCAUCAUGGACAGAAUUUGUAUGUUGUGCCAUGAACUCCACUCGCAUUUUGCACCGAACACACGCGUCGAGUGUCGCAAGGACUGUUUUCAAAACACCACGUUCCAGUCGUGCAUGAGAAUAUUCUCAGGAGGUCCUAAACCAGUACAACCAGUCGAACCAACUGCCCCAGUCCCAUUGUAUACCGAAGAUGUGCCAACUUUGGAUGAUAUUAAGGAGAGGCGACGGCGAAUCUAA